UCCACUGAUCGAUUGGAGAGAAAAUGAGGCAACUGACGCCGUUGCUUUGAAGUUUUGGAUCCAACAUAGCUGGAUAGGGAUAGAGAUAAAGCAUGGGAGAUUGAAUAAGGCCCAAAACCUCAAAGACACUUCGAACUUCGAAUCACUGCCUAUUAUUGCCACACUGCCACUCAUCAACUUAUCUCUGGGUGUUGAUGGUUUGGCAAGUCCUCAAUGCUUGAUGGAAAAGGAAGAUCAGAAAGGAGCAGCACCAACAACUUGCCAUGCAGACCCCGAAGUGGCAGCAGCAGAUCUCGACAGCAGUGCUGGAAUCGAUACCAACCUCGCAAAGGCGGACAAACCCAGUGCAGAGAAGAGAAGCCUUGCCGUAAAGAAGGAACCUGUCAACAAGAACAAGAAAGAGGCACAAACGCUUCCCCUUCAGGCAUCUGAUGAAAACAUAUCUCAGAAUGUUUUGACAUCCAAGGAACCAACCCCAAGGUUAAUCCACUCUUCCCUCCUACGAAUACCGAUGCAAAUUCGAUACGUUGUCUACGGGGGAGUAUCCAGCGCACUGUUCAUGGUGCUGUACAAUGUUGCCGUCGAUAAGCUUGGGUAUCUUUAUGUCCCUUCAACAAUCUACGCUGUCACCUACACGGUCUUCAUACCAAUCCAGCAUGCUCUCGCGUCAUGUAUGGUUUUUGGGUGGCCCGACAGAUACUUUGUCUCCCUGAGCAGCAAUGUACCCAUUGGUUUGACCGCCAUCGCCCUGGGAAGCUACCUCACUGCUUACCUCGACAAAAUUGACUUUGACGAGUCGGCUGACAACAUGGUCAGGAGACUUGGAGUGGCGACGGGAGCUUCCUGGUCGUCAUCAGAAACACCAACAACCAAAGUUCCCAACAAAGAAGGAAACGGUGAAUUUUACACCUCUCUAGUUGUGCUCAUUGUCACAAGCUUUUGGUCAUGGUUAGGAGCUGUAUUAGUCAAUUCGCCAACUGAAGCAUCCGAGAAAAAGCAACUGUAGCAAUCAGCAUCAAGAAAGACAGCAUACGGUACACUGAGCACUGAUGUCUCCAAACUGUUGCCAUGGGAUGCACAUCUCAUGUCUCUGCUAGAUAUGUGUUUGUUUGGAGAGCAUCGAACAAAGCCAUUAGUAUGAUUAUUUGGUUAACAAAGUUAGAGCAAGCUAAAUAUAGAAAGCCUCUGUAUCGUGUCUGACC